CUUGCGGCAUGCACUGCGUCGGUGGGAGUCGGUCAGCAGCACUGCCCUGUCUUCCCCACUUGAUGUUGCACGUAAAUCCCACAUGACACAGCUAUGAGGUCCGUCUUCGUCUUCCUCUUUUUCUCAGGUGCGAUCCAGCUCAUUUUCCUCCUGUGUUGCUGUGUUUCUCUUGCUGGCUGCAAAGCAUCAUUGCCUUGCCCAAGUGGACAGUUUCUGCUGAAGAGCCAAUGUGUCCUCUGCCAUCCCACCUGCUCCGAGUGCCAGGGACAUGAGCUGUUUGAAUGUACUACCUGUGGAGUGGAUGAAGAUGGACAGGAACGUUUCCUCCACCAAGGUCGCUGUCGGACACACUGCCCGCGGGGACUGUAUCCUGACAGGGGUCACUAUGCCUGCCUGCCCUGCAUGGCCAAUUGUGAACUCUGCACAGAUGGCAACAUAUGUGCAAAAUGUCGAGAACACUACAAACUCCAUAACGGUUUCUGCCAAACUGUGCUCUGUGACAUAGGACAGGUUCAGGAUCCUGAUACAGGCGAGUGUAUUGACUGUGAAAUAGGCUGCAAAACAUGUUCUGCAGAAAAGCCUGAGAUUUGCAACAGCUGUGCCGAAGGUUAUUUUCUUUUCAGACACCAGUGUCGCAAACACUGCCCCAGAAGCACAUAUGAGGACUGGGGCAGGGGUGUGUGUCUGCCCUGCCCCACACCGUGCACAGACUGCAGGAGUGAUGCACGUUGUCUUGCCUGUCAGACUGAUUAUUUCUUAAAUGGAGACAAUUGCGUUCGACAGUGCCCUCAACAAACCUUCAGUGACACCACCGGAUGGCGCUGCGAGUCUUGCCACAGCUCCUGCCAGACAUGCCAUGGGCCUCGGUCAACAGACUGUGACCUUUGCCUUGCGGGGAACGCUCCUCUAUAUGGGCAGUGCCCUCUGGCGAGCUGCCCAUUGGGGCACUUCUUUGAUGCUGAAUAUGCUAAAUGUCACACAUGUGACAUAUCCUGCAAGACCUGCUUUGGUCCACAAGCACUGGAUUGUUCCUCUUGUUUUCAAGGCUACUUCCUGGACCAGGAAAGUUCUUGUGUGUUGCAGUGUCCCCGCGGCUCCUACGCUAACUCCGCCACUCAGCUGUGCGAGAACUGCUCACCUAACUGCGAGGCCUGCGUGGGUUCCAGCGAUAACUGCAUCAGCUGCUCCAAAGGCAGCUUUAAGCUCUUUCUCCACCAGGGGAGGUGCUGGUCAAAUUGCCCAGAGGGUUACUUCGAGACAACAGAGGGGUCAUGUGAUGCCUGUGACGCUUCCUGCCUCACAUGUGAUGGUGCCAGCACAAAGUGUCUGUCCUGUGCUGAUGGCCACUACUUGGAGGGCGGCGUGUGCACACUCAAUUGCUCACUGGGCACUUACCCUGCCGACGAUGGCACCUGCAGGCGCUGCCCCCUUCAUUGUGAUGUUUGCUCCGAUGACAGGACCUGUUAUAAGUGUAGUUUCUUAUACCUGAUGAUAAAUGGUGCAUGUAAGGCUAAUUGUCCCGUGGGCUACUUUGAGGACAUUGAGGUGGGACGCUGCGGACGAUGCCACCCGACUUGUGGCAGCUGUUCUGGACCUUUGGCAGAUGACUGUGAGAGUUGCUCCACAUUUAGUCCGAAACUCUAUAAGGGCACGUGCUCAAAAGACUGCCCAGCAGGCACUUAUUAUGAGGAUGCAGCUGCAGAGUGUCAAGAGUGCCACCAGACCUGUGCAAGCUGUUCCGGACCAGACCCAAACCAGUGCACCCAGUGCGAAAGGGGUCUUGUGUUGGAUCCAAACACACUCCUAUGUGGAGUGACCGGCGAUAGCGACUGCCCACCGAAGACCUUCCUGCACGAUGACCAGUUCACCUGCAUGGGCUGCCAUCACCACUGCUACUCCUGCGAGGGGCCCAACAGGGAUGAAUGCCUGACAUGUGACAUCCCCACAUACCUCCACAACAGGACUUGCAUGAAAGAGUGUCCGGCUGGUACAUACACAACGAGGCAGGAGGCAGACGGAACACAGCUGGGGUUCUGUUUACCGUGCGACCGCGUGUGCGCCACCUGUACAGGGGUGUCGCCCAAAGACUGCGUCACGUGUGCCCCUGGAUACUUGCGACUCCUUCAUCUGUGUGUCAGCCAUUGUCCCACAGGGUACUACCGAGCUGGCACCCACUGUGAGAAAUGCGACCGCUCCUGCCAGAUGUGCACAGGUCCGGGUCCCGAAUCCUGCCGGGUUUGUCUCCCUCCUCUUCUUGAGCUGCAGGGUACCAAGUUGUGUGUGGAGCGUUGCCCACAACGCUUCUACCGACUGGGUGAUGUGUGCAAGCAGUGUCACAUCAGUUGUCACACCUGCACAGACGCCUCCCCUCAGAGCUGUGUAACAUGCGACAAAGGCAGCACGCUGAAGGACAAAGUCUGCUAUCCACGCUGUGAGGAGGGGAAGUACUUUACUGAAGAGGCAACCUGUGCGCCAUGUGACAGCUCGUGCAAACACUGCAGCGGUCCCAGACCUGACCAGUGUCUUAUUUGUCACCAAGAUUCCGGCCUUCACGUCGUGGAGAGCCGCUGUGCCCGCUGCUGUCAGGCAGGAGGCAACCAUUCACACUGCUGUGUUUGUGAUAGCCGCUCAGCUCUGUGUAUGGAGACCCCCCAACUCAAGUCAGGAGACGAGCUGGUAACAGACAUGAACAUGUCGUCAAGAGUCCUCAAACACACUUCAUCCGCCGCGCCUAUUGCCCUACUAGCGGUGCUGGCUUUGGCGCUACUGGUUUUUGCAUUGUUGAAGGCCCGAGCCAGGAAAAGGCUUUGCUGGAAGCAGAGUUACGAGAGACUGAGUGGAAAUGCAAAUAUGCCGCACGGUGUGCCUGAACCGGACAGCGGGGACGAGGUGGACGUGGUGUACACCAGUAGAGGCGGCUCAGUGUAUCGGCGCUACAGUUUUAUCCACGAGCAGGACGCCAAUGCGGAUCAUGUGGACGAGAGCACUCGUCUCAAUCAGUCCUAGGCAAGACCCAUGAAAGGGCACCUGGGGACCUGCUGAAACAACCGAAAACACUGUAAUAUGUACACCGGGUCAGUAAAUGGCAAGACUGACAGUAGGAGUUUUAGUAGUUUAAAAGUCAAAUGUAACAUUUUUUAAUUUGAAUUAUAAUGUGAAUGACGUUUCUUAAGUUGACAAUAUAUACACUAUUUAUUUUAAUGGCUGCUGUCCCAUGGCGACAACACACUUGCAGUCCCAAAUCACAACACUGCCUCCAACCAUGCUUGACUUCAGGCAAGACAUCAUUAUCUUGUGUUGGCAGCUAUAAACUUGGUAUAUUCAGGUUUCAUCGCUGUAUUACUGUUCAUUGAGAAGCUAUACUGUAACAAAAAUGGUGGACGAGUGGUUAGCUAGUUUCCUCCCACAUUCCAAAAACAUGCUAGGUUAAUUGGAGACUCCAAAUUGUCCAUAUAGGUAUAAAUGUGAGUGUGAAUGGUUGUUUGCCCUGUGAUUGGAUGACGACCAGUCCAGGGUGUACCCCGCCUCUCGCUUGAAGGCAGCUGGGAUAGGCUCCAGCAUACCCCUACGUCCCCUAGUGAGGAUAAGCGGAAUAGAAAACGAAUGGAUGGUUCAUUUGCUGUGCAGUCAGACGACUAAGAUGGCUGAUUAAGAUGAUCAAACACUCUUUCAAGAGGAUUAAAAAUGUCUUCCAAGUCGGCAAUUUGUGUAAUAGUCAAAGAAAGCAUCAUCAACAUCAUUAUUUGUUUCCGUUUGCUCAUGAGGGAUUCCAUGUAAAUCAUUUACAGCGAUCAUAUAUUAUAUUCUAUUGGCAAGAUCCUCAUCCAUAUUGUAACUCAUUUGUCUGACAAAAAAGAAAAGAACGCUGCCAAACAUCAACUAAGAUGUGAAGCAUGUUUAAAAAAAGUGAAAUAAUAAUAAUUUACACUACAACACACGUCCGUGUGUAAAGUGUGGCGCUCAUCACAGUAGUAUUGCUACUGCUCUUCGUAUCGGCAUUUCAAUCGAUCCGCCCACACCAAUA